CGGGGAGGCGGGAGCCACGCCGAAGCUGCCCCGCCGCUGCCACCGGAGCAGCCCGAGCUCGGGCCCGCCCCGCGGGAGCUGCUGGAGGCGGGGUGGGACCCCCGAGUCCCGCGGUUGAAAUAUAGGGGGAGGGCUCAAGCCGCGCCUCUCCCAGGUGGCCGCCGCCCGCCGAGCGUCCCUCCGCGCCGCCUGCGAGUCUUUUUUCAGAGUCUGAAGAGCUUGGGACACACUUGCUGGCUUCCCCUGUGCCCCUGCGGCAUCCCACUUUCAGCUUUCAGGUUAACCGAAAUCUGCAAACAUUCCCUGCUGCAAGAAAAAGAGGGUGAUGUCAUCAGAAGAUGAUGCCGGUGGGGAGGCUCCUGGGGGCAGUUUCUGGGAGGCUGGAAACUACAAGCGGACGGUGAAACGUGUGGAUGAUGGGUACCGGCUCUGCAAUGACCUUAUCUCCUGCUUCCAGGAGCGAGCCAAGAUAGAGAAGAACUAUGCCCAGCAGCUAACGGAGUGGUCCCGUAAGUGGAGGACCAAUGUGGAGAGAGGUCCGCAGUAUGGGACUCUGGAAAAGGCCUGGCAUGCCUUCCUGACAGCGGCAGACAAACUGAGCGAAAUUCACUUGGCUGUCCGGAACCACUUGGCUGGUGAAGAUUCGGAUAAGAUCAAGGCCUGGCAGAAGGAGGCGUACCACAAGCAGAUGAUUGGAGGCUUCAAGGAAACAAAGGAUGCAGAGGAGGGGUUCCGCAAGGCCCAGAAGCCCUGGGUGAAGAAGAUGAAAGAUGUGGAGACUUCUAAGAAAAACUAUCAUGCAGCCCGGAAGGAGGAGAAAACGGCCCAUACCAGGGAGAACCAUGCCAAGGCAGACUCGUCUGUCUCUCAGGAGCAGAUGCGCAAGUUGCAGGAGCGUGUAGAGAAGUGCACUCAGGAGGCUGAGAAGUGCAAGGAUCAGUAUGAGAAGAUGCUGGAAGAACUGAACCGCUACAAUCCCCGCUACAUGGAGGACAUGGAGCAAGUGUUUGAGGGCUGUCAGGAGGCAGAGCGCAAGCGGUUGUGCUUCUUUAAGGAGAUGCUGCUGAAUCUGCACCAGCAUCUCAACCUCUCCACCAGUGAAAGCUUUCACGCGUUGUAUCGGGAUCUCCACCAAGUCAUCAUGGCCGCGGACAACCAGGAGGACCUGAAGUGGUGGCGCAACACUCACGGACCGGGCAUGGCCAUGAACUGGCCUCAGUUUGAGGAAUGGUCCCUUGAAACACAGAGGCAAAUCACCAAGAAGGAGAAGAGUGACAAGAUGGCUGAUGAUGUUACCCUGACCAGCAUUUUGCCUACACGAGAUGGUGUUGUCUCACAGACCCCUCUGAAGACAAGGUUUUCCUAUCAAGAGGAGCAGAACAGCCUCUUCUAUGACACCCUGAAGGCACCAACCCAUGUGAACGGAGGGAAGGAAGACAUUUCGGAGUGGUCAGAUGAGGACACUCCCAAGAAGUGCCUGGAUGCCAACGGGCACGAGGAAGACCUAAAGGUACCAGGUGUCCGGGUACGAGCACUCUACGAUUACACAGGACAGGAGGCUGAUGAGCUGAGCUUUAAAGCAGGUGAAGAACUAAUGAAGAUUAGUGAGGAAGAUGAGCAGGGCUGGUGCAAGGGCCGACUUCUCACUGGUCAAGUUGGACUCUAUCCUGCUAAUUAUGUUGAGAAGGUUGGAUCAUGAUUGCUGCUGCCCUGCCAGUGCCUCACAGCCAUACCAGCAUCUCCUGCAGAGGUCACUGGGUCACUUCUGGCCCCAAUCCACCUUUGCAGUAUAUCCAGCAGCUUCUGGACUUUAAAGGCACAUAUUCCAUGUAACUAAUGCUUCAUUUUGAACAUCUAGAUCUGUAGGGAUUUUCUAAAAAAUAAACAAGGAUGAAUAAAGACUUUUCUGAGCACUACAGUAGUGUAGGAGUGCAGAAAGAAACAGAUCCUUUUGACUUGCACUCAGAGAAAGGAGAUAACUGUUUUCAUGGAGCCCAAAAGCAUGCUUCCUUGACCUCAAUGCACAUGCAUCCAUAGGGUGUUGAGGUCUGCCCUGUCUCCAGGCUUCCUGUUCAAGGAAUCUUGGAUAUGCAGGGUAAUAGGGAACUUCUACAUUUGUUUCCCAUUUUUAGCACCAUCAAGCUGACUAGAAGAAAGGUCUUUAUUCUCCCAUGUCUUUUGUAAGUUUUCAGUAUCCCUCACUUGCAAGCUUUUUGUCUUCCCUGGUUAAGGCAGCUGGUAUAAGUGACACAGCUUCAACCUGAACAUCCCUUUUCACUGCCCUCAUAUUUAUUGGGAUAAUCCCAGAAAUGAAUGAUAGUGUAGCUGAGGCACAGGAGAAAGAAGCUUCUGUCUUGCAUGGUCUGGCUGUUCAGGCUAAUGAGUUGUGAACAGACCUGUUGUGCAGCAAGCUGGAGUUGACUGAAUGCUCCCUGAACUAACAGGGACUUUGACACAUGCUAAAGGCUGGUUUUGACAAAAUGACAGCCACGUUCCAGUGCUGUUCUGCUUAGGAUUCCUAAAUGCACUUGUGUAUGUUGGGGUUUCUAAUGCAUCUAGAUUAUUUUGGCUACACCUCUCUUCAAGAGCACUUAGUGCACAGCAGAGACCCUCUUUUUUUCCUUUCCAAUAUCUUCUUGACUUACACAGGGCUAGAAGUGCACUCCCUGCUUUGCCAAAGACCCCUGCACUGUGAUGAGGGUUGCACUGUGGAAGCUGCCUGCUGGCUGGCACAGAUUACCCAUAGAGAGGUAGCUCCCCUUUUUGUCCUGAAUUGCUGCAAGUGCACUUAUGCCCAGUUGUUAAGUGCCAUUCAGCAGGGAGGAUGUAUCAAACAUCUUUAUCUCACCUGUCCUUCUGCCUUUGAAAGGCUUGUGAGGCUGCUGGGAAGACCUGGCAUCCUGAUCUGCAUAUUCUAGCAUUGGGACUGAUAAGCCCAAGAGCUUGAGGGAACAAAAACCAGGAAAAGUUACCAUUGUUGGAGAAACAGAGGCGAACAAGCAGUUGCUUAAAAAUGGCUUACUUAGUACAUCUGCUUGAAACUGCUCCUGAAAUGCAUUUUGAGUUUGUAGUGACAUUCUUCUUCUGACCUAGCAAGUGUGAGUGAACUGGCUAAGUCAGACUCACAAAACUCAGUCAAGCCUCCACCAACCACUUGGGGUGGUGAACUGCUUCAGAGCUGCUUGGAAAAAGGGUGCUACAUAUAAAGGCUGAAGUAGUGGGUGAACAUCAGGAUUAAAUGGUUAUUAUUGUGUUAACAGCAGCUAGGAUGCCAAAAUGUAGACUGAAACAGAGGAGGGGAUGGACAUAUUCAAAAAAGCCUGGAUUUAGCUAUGAAUUUAAUUAGUAUUCUAGGUUCAGUAUCUGAAGGUACCUCUAAGCUUAUGCCACGUAAUUAGAGGUGGUGGUAUAUAAGCACUUGGAUUAAUUUAAAGAUCCAGUCUCUGCUUUCAGUGCUGUGUCCCAGGUAAAAGCAUCAUUAGUGUUGAGCAGUAAUUGCAAGAAUUGCAAGUAUUCCACUUGCUGACCCACAAUGAAAUGAUUUGUUGCUCCUUUGACCUAGCACACAUGAAUGUGAAGAGAGGCAUGCCUGCCAGGCUUCUGAGAGAACUGAAACUAAAACAGCACUAAAAUGAGCUGAGAUGUCCUGUAAACAAUCCUGAAGUUUCCCUGAUUAACCUGCAUCGUUCAAACACUAAUGCUAGACUUUCAUGUAAGGUCAAAAAAUGGUAGAAGGGAGCUACAGACGAUAAUGUGGAAAAUUGUCUUAAACUCCUUCUCUGAGUUCUAGUCAGGCUGUAAUUAGGGAUGGAGAUAGGUGUGGCCAGAAUGUGCUAAAGGACAGAAAUGUCCAGUAGACAGGACCUCUGAUUACAGUACAAAUAACCUCAAAUUCCACAGGACAAAGUCUGAACAGACUUGUUUGUCCUAGGAAAACAUGACCACCUGAUUAUAAUGGGCUGCUUGAAAGUUUCCAGAAAUACUGACAUACUGCAUCUUAUAUGAACAAGUUCUCUAAGGAAUGUUUGCACAUCAGAAAUUCCUGCCAAGAGCUGAAGUAAUGGACAGGAGAUAACACACUGAGAAUGAAAAAUUGCUUCACUGGACUAUACCUCACAAAUGGGCAGGGCACUUAGUCCUGGCUACCCAAAACCAUCUGGAUUAGUAAAAGAGAGCCUGUGUAGUAAAGAUCCAGCUGGAGGGAAGGAAGAAAAAAAACCCCAACCAACCCACAUCUAAUGACCUUAUAUUAAAGUAAUAGCUCUGCCUGGAUGCUUGGUUUUCCACAGGAGCAAAUGAGGUUUUGUUAACCACAAAGGUUCUAGUUGAAACUUGCCAUCCAUGCCAUGCCAAAAGCUUUGUGUGUGAACAGAGACAUAUACACAUAAACUAAUUGCUGUGCCUGAAUUCCAGAAGCCAAGUGAAGCCUGUUCUUCCCCCAUGGUCUUUGUAAAAAAAUACAAAUGCAUCUCUGUGCCUGAUGGGCAACAUAGUGAAUAAUUAUCUAGUCAUAUUUUAUUUUUUAAUAAAGCCAUUCCUUGUGGAAAGCGCA